AUGUUUCGUCAAUUGAAAAACCGACUGCAAUGUUCCAAUCAACCGAAUACACAUAAGAUUUAUUUAUCAAUUGAUAAUGAAUUGAAAAAUGUAAAUCAUAAAUUAGAUAAAUUAUUUGAUGAAAAUAUUUUAUUAAAAGUUCAAAUUGAUAAAUUAGAAGGACGAAAUGAAAAUUGGAUUAUUAAUGAAAAAACUUAUUUAUUAAAACGUAUUGAAAAAUUAGAAAAUGAUAAUUGUCAAUUACGUGAAAUUUAUCAAACUUAUCAAAUGCAAAAUGAAAAAUGUAUUCGAUCAAUAACUGAUCUAAUUAUAAAAGUACUCUUAACUCAACAAGAUAAUAGUGAAAAUACCACUAAUGAUGAAUCCAUAUGGUCUCAUCAGCAAUCGAUGAUCGUUGAAGAUCAAGAUCAAAAAACAACAAAUCAAUCAUCGGAAUUAAAUAAUCAUUCCUCAACACUGGCUACUGUUAAUUCUAAAUCCGAUAAAUCAUCAACUUCUUCAACUAAUAAAUUAUAUUUCAUUUUAAAUAAUGAAAAAGCACCAGUAAAAUCCACACAAAAUAAUCAUCAUCCAUCAAGUGUUAAUAUCGUACCUAUUGAUGAUUCUCAUCAUAAACAACAAUCAUCAACAUUAACAAAGACAUUGAAUAAAAAUCGAUCAAAUCAACAACAAACUAACACAACUUAUUCUAACCAUGAAAGGUCAUCAACACAAACAUCAUAUCAUACAACAACAUCUAUAUCAAAACCAUCUCGUAUUCCAACAACAAAGACUCGUCCAUCAACAACAAAUAAUCGACAACGUCCACAUGUUCCUACAUUUACAAAUCAAAAGACAGCUUCGCCAUCUCAAAUAACUCAUAAAUCAUCUUGUCCUCCUAUCACAUCAACAAAACCAGUCGAAUCAUUGCCAUCUGUACGUAUUACACCAACACAUCCACAAUCGAGAUCAACGAUUAUUAAUAAACCAAAUAUUAUCAUAACAAAACCAUCGACAACAACAAAUAAUAACAAAACACAUACUUCUUCUGCUGUUCGACAACCAGCACAUGUUACUAAUCUUGAUACAUUAAUAGCCGGAGAACAAAAUAAAAAACAAUCUGUCAAACCAACCAUCAUUUCACCAUCACGUAUAAUUAAUAAUGUUCAACAUUCAUUAUUUUCGAAAGAUACUGUUAAACGAAUUCGACCUGUUCGUAGUCAUGAAUUGAAAUUAUUUUCAUGUCAUUUAACACCCGAUAUAUCACCAGAUGAAAUAUUAUCUCAAACAAAUGAAUCACUCUCGACUUUAACACCAUGUUCAUUAGAAUCAAUAACAGAUAAUAAAUCUACUGAUAAUCAAUUACACAAAACAAAUAAUAAUGAUUCAAAACCAUCUUCAAAUAUUUCUACUGAUAUGAGAGAUUUUUCAGAAGAUAGUCUUAAUGAACAUGAUUAUAUUCAAAGAUUACUCAAACAAAAUGCAUCAAUCAAUACAAAAACGAAUAAUAAUAUAGAAAGUCAUUCAGUGAAUGAUACUGUUCAAACAUUAAUUGAUUUAGUAUAUGUUAAUGGUCUUAUUCAAAAUGAAAAUAUCAAAGAAGGAUAUUUUCUUUCAAUCGAUGAUAAUGUAAAGCCUGAACAUAAUCGAUCAUCAUCAUCAUCAUUAAUAAAACCUCGAGCUAUUUCAUUGAAAGAACAACCAAUGGUACAUCGUUUAAUAUUUCCAGAACGUCUUGGUCGGAUGAUAUUUUAUCGUCGAAUAUUAUCUGAUUCUGAUAUUUAUCAAAAAAAUUGUUCAAAAGAUAAUGAAAUCUAUCAUAAUGUCUAUCAUCUAGAUACAAUACGUGAUUAUUCAAUGGAAUAUUAUAUGUUAACAAGUUAUGCUUCAGAUUCUGAAUUACGUGCUUGGAUUGAUAGUAAUGAUGAUGAAAUAGUAGAGAGUAUAUGUCGUAUUGAUAAAAAUUGUUUGGAACAAAAUGAUGAUGAUAAAAUAAAUGAAAAUCAAAUGAAAACUAUUCAUAGUCAAGAUAGUCUCAAUCAAGAAGAAGAACUUCAUUGGGAUUCCGAACUUGAAAUAAUUCAUUCAUUAUUAAAGAGUCAACAGGAAAAUCAUGAAAAUACAUCGAGUUGUUCCAGUGAUGUUCAUGUCGAAGAAUUAUUACACGAUGAACAGUUUCCUCUAUCAAGUCUAACAACGAUUACGUCAGCUGUUUCAUCUGAUUCAACUGAUAUAAUUCCGUCUUCAUCAAUUUCACCAAGAGAUAGUCCUAUUAGGCUUCAUUCAACUUCUCUGCCCUCCAGUAUCACUAAUGAAACUAAUUCAUUACUUCAAGAUAUUUUUCCUGCUUUAUGUACACUUCCUUCAUCAUCCAGUAUCAUUGAACAGCAAAUAAAUAACGAUCAAUAUGAAAAUGAUUCAGCAUCAUCGAUAAUAACUGAAGAAUUUCAACCUGAUUUUUAUUAUUUAUGUCCAGUGACAAAUACAACAAAUUUUUCAAUAACUGAUUAUAAAACUUUAUUUCAUGAUUUUUAA